GCAUCUGUCUCUGUCCUUCCAGGGAACGGGGCAGCCAUGAGUGCCCUCUGUGUGCUGUGGUCACCCAUCAGGCUUGAGGCUAGGAGGGUUGUGAGCUUUGACUGCAACGAAGAUCUGCAGCUGCUGGCACCUCUGGCGUCAGGCCCUGUAGCUCGUAGCUACCCCCUUCCUACCACAGCUCCAAGUCAUGACGGAUGCCAAGUAUGUCCUCUGCCGAUGGGAGAAGCGAUUGUGGCCUGCGAAGGUUUUGGCCAGAACUGAGACUUCAGCGAAAAAUAAGAGAAAAAAAGAAUUAUUUCUAGAUGUUCAAAUACUCUCACUAAAAGAAAAGAUCCAGGUGAAGAGCUCAGCCGUGGAGGCGCUGCAGAAAUCGCACAUUGAGAAUAUUGCCACCUUUCUGGCGUCUCAGAAUGAGGUCACAGCUACUCCCCUGGAGGAGCUGACCUAUCGACGCUCCCUGCGAGUGGCCCUGGAUGUCUUGAAUGAGAGGACAAGUUUGAGUCCUGAAAGCCAUGUGAGGGAAGAGAAGCCACAUGCAGAUGCCGCCUCUUGGGUGCCCGGCGCUCGCUCUCCAUCCUUUUGCAGCGAGGACGGUGACAGUGUGGCUGCCCAGUGCACACCCAAGAGGGAGUGGCUCCCACAAAGCCUGCCGGGACUGCCUGCAGCUGAAGAGGACCGCAGGAUAGGCCUCACAAAAAACGGAACCCUGAGAGCAGCAUUACCUUCCCCAGCUGGAGAUGGGUCUCAGGAUGCUGGAUCACGGCUGGACUGUGAACAGGACACUGCCAAGAAGAGGCGGAGGAAUUUGGGAGAGAAACCUACCCGGCGCCGCAGAACAGCAUGUUGCCUUUCCAAGGGAGAAAGUGUUGACGAGAGCGAGGGACAGGCAAACAGCUGUAUGACCCCAGCUUCACCUGGGCUACUCCCCCAAGCCUCAGAAGAGGACCCCUGUGCCGGGGUCAAAGGCUGUGACCCGUUUGUGCCAUCAGGCAGCAGCAGGCUGCUCCCAGCCUCUGACAGAGGCAGAGGACGCGCCACAAAGAGGCCACGCUUGGAUGGAAGCCAGAACCCACCCCCCGGGCAGCUGGCGACUGGAACUGUGGGGGCAGCACCCUCCCCUCAGAACUGGCCUGGGGAGACCAUGGUGCUGCUCAGGUCUAGUGACAGGGACAAGCCAGAGGAAGCAGAUCCUGUGUCCUCAGAAGAGUUCACAGGGUUCAAGUCCAUCCACUCCCUGCUGGAGGAGGAAGAGGAGGAAGAGGAGGAGCCACCCCGGAUCCUUCUGUAUCACGAACCACGAUCAUUUGAAGUAGGGAUGCUGGUCUGGCUGAAAUACCAAAAAUACCCGUUCUGGCCAGCCGUGGUCAAGAGUGUCCGACGGAGAGACAAGAAAGCCAGUGUGCUGUUCAUUGAGGGCAACAUGAACCCUAAGGGCCGAGGAAUCACCGUCUCACUUCGAAGGCUCAAGCACUUUGAUUGUAAGGAAAAGCACGCACUGCUGGACAGAGCCAAGGAGGACUUCGCCCAGGCCAUCGGCUGGUGUGUGUCACUUAUCACCGACUACCGUGUGCGGUUGGGCUGCGGCUCCUUCGCUGGAUCUUUCUUGGAAUAUUAUGCUGCUGAUAUAAGCUACCCUGUGCGCAAGUCCAUCCAGCAGGAUGUCCUGGGGACCAGGUUUCCUCAGCUGGGCAGUGGGAACCCUGAGGAGCCUGCGGGAGACAGCCGGCCAGGACAGUGGCGGCCGUGCAGGAAGGUGCUGCCUGACCGCUCCAGGGCUGCGCGGGACAGAGCAAACCAGAAGCUGGUGGAAUACAUUGUAAAAGCCAAGGGUGCGGAGAGCCACCUGCGGGCCAUCCUGCACAGCCGCAAGCCCUCACGCUGGCUGAAGACGUUCCUGAGCUCUGGCCAGUAUGUGACAUGCGUGGAGACAUACCUGGAGGACGAGGCACAGCUGGAUGAGGUGGUGGAGUACCUGCAGGGCAUCUGCCGAGACACGGAUGGGGAGGUGCCUGCGCAUGGCAGCGGGGACCGCAUUCGUUUCAUCCUGGAUGUGCUGCUGCCUGAGGCAAUAAUCUGUGCCAUCUCCGCAGUGGAGUGCGUGGACUACAAGACGGCCGAGCAGAAGUACAUCCGGGGCCCUACUCUCAGCUACCGGGAAAAGGAAAUCUUUGACAAUGAACUCCUGGAGGAGAGGAACCGUCGCCGUCGCUGAUGCCAAACCUCCACCUGGCCAGCGAGCCCUCCACACCCUGCCAGAGGGCUCUGCAAGAAUAAGAAUGUACUAGAAGCAAGAGGCUCAGAAGUGUGCUGACUUUGAACUGUGGGUCUUGCAUCUUCAGUACUGAGUCCAGGAUAUCAAAUGUCAUUGACACGCCAGAAACCUCCUGGCAGCUACAGACAGAACUUUCUGGAAGUUUCUGUGCGUGUAUGUGCGUGUGUUUGUUUUUGUUUGUUUGAUUUUAAUUAUUUCGUUUAUAAAUGAGUUUGAACUCACAUGUGUCAUGGUCACGGCAGUGUGGCCAGCAUGUGGGACUGACAGGUCCUGUGUUACUUGGAAAGACUGAUUGGAACACACAGCUUCCAGAGCGUUGUUGUGUUUCCCUGACGUGUUCUGCUUAUCUCUUCUCUGUAGUUUCUGGAAUCUUUUCUGCCACUCUCAUAUGGCGGGCGAGCAGGAGGUGGGAACCUGCAGCUACUGUCUUUGGGAGGUGGGGGCAUGUUUGCUCAGUGGCCUCUGUGUGUCCCCCAUACUCCUGUCCCCACUCAGCCGUGCCCUGAAACCUUGGCACUGUACUCAUGGCCACCACCUCACCUAGAAACCUUUGGGGCUGAGGGCUGUGGGAACGGCAGCAAGAAAAGCCAGCUCCUGGCUCUGGCGAGAUGGCUCAGCGGGAAAGAGCAUGCGGGCUGCUCUUCCUGAGUUCAAUUCCCAGCAACCAUCUGUAAUGAGAUCUGGUGCCCUCUUCUGGCCCACAGGGAUACUUGCAGACAGAAUACUGUAUAUAUAAUAAAUAAAUAAAUCUUUAAAAAAAAAAAAGGCAGCUCCUGCUGCGCUGGCCACCACGCUGGAUACCAGAGCCUCAUAGCCUCAGGUGGAUGUGCGGAAGCUGUGUCUCAUGAACUCAGGUGGAUGUCCGGCAAGGGCAAGGGUAAAGCCACUGCCUGUAAUGAAUGGUCCUAGCUGCACAGCCCCAUGGGUGCUCAGCAGUGUCUCCUGGAUAUGGGACAUACGGGUGUCCUCCACACUGUGGCCACCCCAGGAUGAGAGGUCCUAGACACCUGCAUCUGACAGCACAGUGCUGCCAGGAUGGCCCAGGACAGCUGGGCUUCCAUGGAGACCGUCUGCAGACCUCGAGGCUACGAAACCAAAUUGAACUAUCACAUUUUUGCUUUCG